CUUCUACCAUCUAGCCCAGCUGCUGAAACAGAAGAUCACAGAGUUCCAGGCAUAGAUGGAGCGGGUUAUCCUGCAUAACGAUACCGUGGAGUAAAACGCCAACAUUGAGUCGCUGAUCCUCGGAUCCUCGAUCUCUGACGCAAAUCGAACCACCACCCGUCAUGUCAGCGAUGCCUCACCGCACCCUUAAGCUUGGCGCCUUGGAGUUGGCUCAGCUACUAGAGUUCCAGGAAAUUGAUCUGUGCAAACCACCAGUACUGACUCGCAUUCUGUCCGUGAUGGAGAAACACAAGGCGGUGGCAAAUGAAGCAGCUGUCAGUGACCUUAAGCAACUGAUUCUACUGUACGCCUCCAGAUAGGAGGCAGCACUAGCUCCAGGUGCCAGCAACCGACGCAACCGAGGAUCGCGCAUCUCAGCAGCUGCUGAUUUUAGGCAAAAGAAGCUGAUGCGCAUAGGAUCAAUCUCCAGUUGGGCUGAAUUCUCUGGCUCUUAGCGCUCCGUCAACUCGAAAUCCCACAUUGGUAGCAGUGAUUCGAACUAUUCUUCAUCCCACUACAGUGGGCGCUCAAGGGGACGUGGCUUGCGGAUCAGCAACAUUGUGCAGGCCCAGAUCGAACAACUCUUCACGGCCGUGGCCAAGGACGCCAUUUGUAGCUUCGAUGUCACCUGCCUGGGAUCACUACCGUUGAAAGACAAAGUUUGCAGGAGCCACUGCGUCAGCUCUAUCUGGCGGAGUUGGCCAAUAAGAAACUCAGCUUGGGCUCUUUGGACAUCUGUGCCACGGGACUACGGGUAAAGGUCAGGCUACGGCCAUCUCGAAAGGAGCCAGUCCCGACGGAGCGGAGGAGAAUGAGGCCCAUUAUUACGCCCUUCCACAAAAUUGCCGUGUGGUCACCUUGGUCAGAAUUCAACUCUUGUAAACUCUUGAAUCACAUCAUCAAGAGGGACUUCCCAGGACUAUGACCCCAGGUGGUGUACAACAUCAGCUAUCUAUCUGCAGAAUCAUGAUGUCAACGGCUGGAAUGGCGCCCUGAUGACCACCUGAUCGAAAAUCUUACACCCAUUCGGAGAGCAAUGAUAGGGAAUAUAUAAGAUGUUCCCGGGACAAGGGCUCGAGGGAUUGGUCACGAUCACCGGAAUACUGAAGCCAUCGGUCCCGAAGGAAGCGAUCGGAACGCUCUCGCUCGCAGUGUUUGCAGCUUCGCCGCCUGCCAGCUUUAAUUGAUUUACCUACGCGACCACGCUCUCCUGAUACCAUGGACUACGACGAGGAAGACUCGCUAUAACUAUAGCUUCCACUAUAAAAUGCAAGCGUCUCACUACAGGCACUCUUCCGAGUCGCUUCAUUGCGGAGAUAGGGAUCGGGAUGAUGAAGGCGAUCGUGUACACCGCAGGAGCAGUUCCAGCCCAUUCUCAGCGACGAUGAGAUCAUUGGUGACGACGAAGAAGACGCUGCAGAGGACGCAGCGGCGAUUGCGGAAUACGAAAGGGAGUUGGAAGCAGCGGCGGCUGCAGCUCCUCCCGCCAUCAACGCCUUCGAGCCAUGGCAAAAGCCACUGCAGUUCUACGAAGGUUCUACAAAACUACAAGCGACGCAACUUUGUGCUUCAACAGUUCUUCAGCAACGAUGAAGUGCAUCUGCGACAGGCGGCCCAUGUUGUGAAAAUCGCUCUAAGCUUCCAAGCGGCCUGCAUGCAGCCACAGCCCGCUUUUAACAUUCGCCAUAUAAAGCUGGGUGCUCGGAUGGCAGAGCCCAGAGGCUGCAGUGAGGAGCUGUUACAGCAGUUACUUAAGGAGCACCAAUUCGACCCAUUCGAGGCGGUCUUCAAGCUGUACCAUGAACCCUUUAUAGCCUUCUCCAUAAAGCUUCGGCUUCUCAAAGCCGUGUAUGCUCUGCUGGACACCCGCCUGGGAAUUGCGCAUUUUCUGAAAGCGCCAACGAAUGGAUACGAAGCGGUAAUAGAGACCCUGAAGACUGCCAAGUUAACGCGGUCGAAGUACGCCCUGCAAGCCAUCAUCAAGAAGAUGCAUCUGUGGGAAACCCUGGGGACUGUGCACCAUUGCUGCGAAGGCUAUUUUUUGAGAGGAAUCCAGAAAAGAGCAAAGACGCCGAGUUCAAAACGGAGACAGUGAUCCUCUGCAAGAAGAUAGAGUACUCAUUCCAGAUGCUCAUGGAGGCAGCGAGCACCAGCCAGUUGAGCUACCAGCAACCCCGGCGCUUUCUACCCGUGUCUAAGAAAUUCGAGGUGGUCACCGAUUCCAUGGCCCAACGGAGCUUCGCCAAUGCCUUGCAGUCCUUCUUGAGGCACCACGCUCUGGCGGAAUCCCUACUGUUGACACUCCCGCAUUUUUUUCUAACCCCGCCCGCUCCAAUAUGCCCGCCCCAAAUACAAAUAAAAU